UGUAGUAUACAGCAAUGUCAGCCCGCCCAAGGCGAUAAGGCAACAAGGCCGCCACGCACCGCCACCCAAAGGGCCACGAUCCGCAUUUCACUCCCCGUUAAUCUCCCAUCCCUCGUGCACAACAACAGCAACAUUGUCGUUAUUCCUGAUUGAGUCGAACUGCUGCCAUGUCUCGCCGUCCGACCCCGACUCAGGCCGCCCAGAACCAGCAGGUCAUCAAGAGUCUGCUCAAGCUUGAUACUAACAAAACGUGUGCCGAUUGCAAGCGCAACAAACAUCCGCGAUGGGCAUCUUGGAACUUAGGUAUCUUUAUUUGCAUUCGUUGCUCCGGAAUCCAUAGGGGUAUGGGUACACAUAUCAGCAGAGUGAAGUCCGUGGAUCUCGACGCGUGGACCGAUGAACAACUUCAGAGUGUGGUGAAAUGGGGCAAUGCGAGAGCCAACAAAUAUUGGGAGGCGAAACUUGCGCCCGGUCAUGUUCCCUCAGAAGCUAAGAUCGAGAACUUCAUCCGCACCAAGUACGAUUCCAAGCGUUGGGUAAUGGACGGGGGCAUGCCCGACCCGUCGACUCUGGAAUCCGGUGAUGAUGAUGUGCCCCUUGCUGUCGUUCAGGAAAAGGCCAAGCUUGAGCGCUCGGCCUCCCAGCGAGCACCGGUGUCUAGGAACCCCCCUCCCCCGGCACAACACAAACAAACGGCGUCGGUCAGCCUCUUCGAUGAUGAUAUCGUUUCUCCCCCAGCCCGGCCUAGUACAACAGAUCCUACACCGCGUGUACAGCCGCCCCAGCAACCGCAGUCAGGCCCAAAACAGCACCGUGCAAACGACUCGUUGCUCGGACUCGAUUUCUUUGGUAGCCCUCAACCCGCGCAGUCCAGCCGUCCAGCCAGCAUUUCAUCCACACCUACCGGUUCGUCCGCAAUGUCGCGACCAGACUUGAAGCAAUCCAUCUUGUCGCUUUAUGCGAAACCUCAGCCGGCCCCCGCUCAACAUCAGCGCCAGCCAUCCUUCGGAGACAUGGCCUCUCCGCCCCCCCAAUCUGCGUCAUCGUCGAACAUGGGUGGUUUGACCGAUGCGUUCAGUGGAUUGUCAUUCCCAUCCACUACCUCUCCAGCACCGAAGCCCGUGGAGAAACCGUCUCCGUUCGCCAACCUCGCGAGCUAUGCCAGUGCAAAGUCGUCCCCUGCAGCCCCUAAAUUAUCCUCUCCAACCGCAUCAGCCAGUAGCGGUGCGGGCGUCAGCUUAUUUGACAGCUUGACAUCCCCAACGGCUCCUCCGCAACCUAAGCCUCAAUCGCACACCACCUCGAUCUCUUCUGGAAAAGACUUCUUCGGAGGGUUUGCAUCUCCAUCGCCGCAACCCCAACAGAGCAAGCCGCAGCCGCCGCUAGCUUCGGACGAUCUCUUUGGCCUUGCAUCUCCACCUUUAGCCACCUCUACCGCUCCCCCACCACCCAAGCCAAAGGUAUCAUCUCCUCAAGAGGAGAUGAAGUCAGCCUUCAACCUGAACCCAUCUCCCGCACCCGCUCCUAAACCUGCGACCUCCCCCUCCGCGUCGACGCCGGCCGUGACAGCCAACAUCCUCCCGUCGAGCAUCGACCCAUGGGGAGGAGGCGGCAACGCAUGGUCCAACCCGGACCCUGAACCCGCCGCUCCUGCUGCUCCUUCAACGGCUGAUAUGAUGAAGGUCCCUGAGACCAUAACCGCGAACGACAUUUCUCCUGGCGGUUGGGGUGUCCCGUCUCCUAAGCCUGCACCGACAGUCGCUACUGACGAGGACUUUGGCGGUUGGGAGAGCGCGGCACCUGUUUCUUCUACGACGGCUUCUACUAAACCGGCUGGCGGGUUUGGUGGUGGUGCUGAUGAUUUGUUUUCGAACGUUUGGGAGUAAUCUUCUAUAUCGAUAAUUUAUUUGUAUCUUCCUCUAAUUGUACAUAUGCCACAUGAUGCGAAUUCUAGACCAUAAGCGCCAGAUUCAAUUGUAAUGCUCGUUGAUUUCUCUUCGUUUCUUGUUUGCGUUGUCAACGGGUCAUCGUUGCAAAGGGAAGGGUCAGAUCUUUGGGGUGUUUUGCUACACAUUGUUUACGUGGGAGACGAGGCCCUGCUGGUUCUGAGAUGGUUUUUAUAUGGUGGAUUUGUCACGUUCAAUGCUGAUAUGAGAAAUUUGAAGGGAACC